UCGAAGCAUGCGUGGUGUAGUGAUGAAGAUUCAGAGGAGCAGAGCCGAAUGAAACUUGGUCUAUCAAUAGAGUACUGGAUUCCCGAUGAAGAGGUUACCGAAUGAAUUUCCACGAUAUCCCUCUGUAAAUACCUACCUUGGAUUCAAUGAUGAUCUCAGGACAUGGCUGAUAUCAAUGACAUCAAUAGAUGUGACUCUUGAAUGAUGAUUCAUCAUUGAUUCAUGUUCAUGAGUGGGGUAAGGCAUGCUAGAGGCUCGACACAUACUUCAUUCUUUUAGACACGGAAAGUAUUGUGCAGGUGAAUCGGCACUAGAUAUCUACCUAGGUAGGUAUAUAUGUAAACAUUUGAAGAUGUUCGGGUUAGUGUCCAGCUAGAUCACGUGUAUACACGUGGGAACGAGGCUGUGAGUGGCGCAUGGACUGCCAAGUCUUGUACAUCCCAGCUUCCUGUCAGGCGUCAUCUCUCCCUUUCUACAACAAACAUCGCUCUUCCGCGACUACAACAGGCGCACCGUCAACGGCGCAAGCGCAUCUUUCCACCUCUCUCUAGAGGGGGUUUGAUUGCCCUUCACAGAUUGAGGAACCUCGGCCACCUGUGAAACAGCGCGUUGCGCACCUAUUUGCAGAUACAAUCGAAACCCAUUGCAUCCGGAAUACCCGGGCGCAUCGCAACGACUUCCGAGACUCGAAUCUAGUUAUUCUCAUGCGAGGUUAAUAUUACAUACCUGCUCAUUACACUGGGAGAUUUAUCACGGUCGACUCACGGCCUACCGGGUUGCUCUGAUAACCUCUAUCACCACCAUGUCAUCUGUAUCAGAGAAAUCGACAGACAGCCCUCAUCGUGAACUGGACCAAAAAGUGGGCCGGAUCUUCGCUGUAUUGAUGCCUAUACUCGAACUUGGCGCAAUAGGUUUCUCGACAUAUGUGUUUGUCUACUUGCUGUGCAUUCAAUAUCUUCUUGCGCCUUCAUCCACGUUUCAGCGGGAUGGUAUAUCGCAACGGAGCUCCACUGGAAUCGCCCUAAUCACGCUUUUCUUCAUUCUUCUCGUCAUAUUUCUGCUUGCCUGGAUGCGCCUGAUCCAAACAAUAUGGACUAAUUCUGGUGUACUCCCUGUCGGCGAUCUCAGCGUCGAAAAAGGCGACGCAAGCGCAAGAUAUUUCGACAAGUACGCAGCAUACACAUGCGACUAUGAAGGCCGUCCGAAAUGGUGCGAUAAGUGUCACAAUUAUAAGCCCGAUCGCGCGCACCAUUGUCGAGAACUCAACCGUUGCGUGCAGCGCAUGGAUCACUAUUGUCCUUGGGCUGGCGGCAUCAUCAGUGAAACUUCUCACAAAUACUUUAUCCAGUUUGUCUUCUAUGGCAUGCUCUGGACCGGAUACAUGCUCAUUCCCAUGGCUUAUUUCCUGGCGGAAAGAAUUCGAUUGGUGGGGGACAAACCGUCAACGUGGAUUGCUAUGGUAGCUCUGAGUGCGUUGUUUUGCAUGUUCACAGGAAGCAUGUUCUUCAUGACGACGUGGAAUGUGACAAUCAACUAUACGACCGUGGAGACUGUGCAACGGGGUGGUGUACAAAACAUUGCCAUGUUAGCAACGCGGGGCCACAGUCUUGAUCGACGACACUCGCGAAGCUCUGUGCGAAGCUCGACCCGAAGAGAGGGGGACGGCCCCAAUGUUUUGAGGGAGUUCAUGAGAGAGGACGGUCGCGAAUAUGUCGUCUUUCAGACCCAGCCUUUCGUUAAUCCCUGGGAUCUCGGCAACGCCAAAAACAUGCGGAGUAUUAUGGGCGAUAAGGUGCUGGACUGGUUCAUUCCGCUGAAAAUGAGCCCCUGUUUGAAGCAUGACGACCCAAGAGGGGAGUUUGGAUGGUCUGUUGAUAUCACCCGUAUGGCGCGGGACUGGGAGGCGGACAAUCCGGGGCGGCGCAUUCAACUGCUGAACCAUGGCAGGCGGAGAGGAAGCCGCAGCACGCGGUAGAAAUUUUUCGGGGUGCUGGUCCCAGUUCUAGUUUCAGCUGUGGCAUUUGCAGUUCUUGCACACUCCUAUAGCAUUUUCCUAUUCUGAGAUACCCGACUUUCAGUUGGCGCUCUGCGCAGACGUAUACAUCAUACUCAAUCAGCAUUUCGAUUCGUAUAUAAUAUCAAGCUUAUUCUAAAAUGUAAAGGCAUAUCUCCAGUGGAGUCUUGAUUCGUCAACGCGAAGGUCCAGCGAAACGAAUCACCUCGCAGCCUCCUAUUAAGUCCUACGUAGGGCAAUCGUCGUUCGCUCAAGGGGUCUGCAUCGAGAACACGUUCUUUUCUGAUACGUUUAUGAGAUAUUGCUAUCGAAUGUAAACAGCGAUGGGCACAUGUCACAAGGAGCCGGGAGAGGAGUGUCACUCAACAGGACCAGCUCCACUCUCAAAGGCUUCACCCAGCCUAUACCCAGCCCUUCCUACCCCUUUGGCAUUCUCAGGGCCAAAGUAUCAGCAUGCCCGUCCCCUUAUUUCCUCCCCAUACACCUAUUCCCUGCCCAGCGUUUCCUACGCAACCCUACAGUAAAAACCCUUUCCCCAUCCCCAUCGCCACCACAUCACAUCAAAACCUACCCAUCAUGGCGUGCCCCUGCCUCAACUCCUUUACCAUUCGCAGAAAUACACUACACACAGUUCAUACCACAGUAGCACUAGCACUCCUAUCCUUCCCAACUAUCACCAACAAAGUAAUUAGCACGACAAAACCCGAGCCAGCAAAAUGUCUACAAGCUUAUCCCCAAGCAAACUUCUGUUGCCCAUGUCACACCAUCGCUCUGCAACGAAGCAUCUUAGUUCCAUUUUCAAACGACUUUUCGAGCGGUCUAGAGUCUAGACGUAGCACCCCCGUCGAACACAUCAAGACCGAAUCCCAAACG